UGAACAGGUUCAGUACUAAGAAUCAGUAGUACGGCUCACGUAAGCACAGACAUCAGCAGCAUUAUUAAAGCUUGAAAAGCAGCCACGACCCACGACCCACAAGAUUUCAUUUCAUUUCAUUGGUCAAUGCGUUGAUUGAUUCUUCUUCUCCCCCUUCCCCUUUCAGUAAUUGUUUAUUGUAAAUUUCAUUCAUUGUUGGGGAGUGGGCAAACUUAUUACUUAUAUAUAUACCUGGAUUGGGUGUUUAUUCAAUCCCACAAUACUUACUCAUCUGCCCAAUUACAAAUUAAGAAAGAGCUCAAAGGGUCUAUCAUUGCAUCAGUUUCCUACCGAAGGACAUACAACCCAAACCCGAAAUGACUUCUGCUCCAAUUCAAACAAAUCUUCUUAUGACGCCUUACAAAAUGGGAAAGUUCAAUCUUUCUCAUAGGGUUGUCUUGGCACCCUUGACUCGACAAAGGUCAUACAACAAUGUCCCUCAGCCACAUGCCAUUUUGUACUACUCCCAAAGAACCUCCAAUGGGGGUCUUCUCAUUUCAGAAGCAACUGGAGUUUCUGAUACUGCUCAAGGGUACCCUGAUACACCUGGUAUAUGGACAAAAGAGCAUGUUGAAGCUUGGAAGCCUAUUGUUGAUGCUGUUCACGCUAAAGGUGGUGUCUUUUUCUGUCAGAUUUGGCAUGUGGGCAGAGUUUCAAAUGCAGGUUUCCAACCAAAUGGCCAAGCUCCAAUAUCCUCUACUGACAAGUCAUUGACUCCCCAAACUCGAUCAAAUGGCAUUGAUGUCGCAGAGUUUGAUCCUCCAAGGCGGCUUAGCACAGAUGAAAUUGUUCAAGUAGUGGAUGAUUUUAGACUAGCUGCAAGGAAUGCCAUGGAAGCUGGCUUUGAUGGAGUUGAGAUCCAUGGAGCUCAUGGUUACCUGAUUGACCAGUUUUUGAAAGAUGAAGUGAAUGACCGGACAGACAAAUAUGGUGGAUCUUUAGAGAAUCGAUGUCGUUUUGCUCUUGAAGUGGUUGAAGCUAUUGUUGAUGAGGUAGGUGCUGAUAAAGUUGGAAUCAGACUGUCACCAUUUGCAAACUACAUGGAAUCUAGUGACUCCAACCCUGAGGCUUUGGGGCUUCACAUGGUGGAAUCUCUAAACAAGUAUGGGAUUUUGUAUUGCCAUAUGGUUGAACCAAGAAUGAAAAAGGUUGGAGAAAUGGAUGAGACCCCUCAUAGUCUUGUCCCCAUGAGAAAGGCUUUCAAUGGUACUUUCAUUGUUGCUGGGGGUUAUAACAAGGAAGACGGGAAUAAAGCUUUAGCCGAAAAUCGUGCAGAUCUUGUUGCUUAUGGUCGUCACUUCUUGGCUAAUCCCGAUUUGCCAAAGAGAUUUGAGCUUAAUGCCCCUCUAAAUAAGUAUCACAGAGAGACGUUCUACUUGUCUGAUCCUGUUAAAGGUUAUACUGAUUAUCCAUUUCUUGACACCAUUUCUUAAGUACUCAAUUAUAUCCUUGUAGCAUCUCAUUUGUUGUCUUUGAAAUGAUUUGUAUGGACUUUGAAUAAUAUAGUUUAGAGUACUGUAGAAGGGUACAUUUGAGAACAAGAAUGAUUUACAAUUGUUGCUUUGAUUUGAAAGAAAAUUAAAUGAAAAAGAUAGUUUACCGUCGUUGUAUGUA